AACACUGGAACCCUGAAGUAGGAAGUAUUCUCUUCUUGAAUAGUUAUGUUGCAUGAAUAGCCAAAAUAUUACUUUUAAAAAACACAAUAAACUGUACAGAAUAAAACAAAUUGCAGGAAAUUAUAAACUUUUAAAGUAAAUAUCCAAUGGGAUCAUGACUGGCAUUUAGUUAACAAGCAAAAUUAGAUAAGAUAGCAUUGAAAGAAGGGAGAGAUUACUGAAUUUACAGAGAGUUUCAUUGGGAUACAACCACCAAGGGCUUUACUAUUCCAUACUCAAAAAAACCUGAAAGAUGGGAUUAGCAGACUAUAAAGAUGCUAUUGGGACUGCUGCCAGUGCUUCAUCUUUUGUUCUCUUAUUAUCUCCAGUGUUUCUUUGCUUGAAGAUAUGGAAGAACAAAUCCUCUCAAGGAAUUCCAUUCUUUCCUCUCAUGGAGAUGAUGGCAAGGAGUGUUCUACUAGUCCAGCAAGGUCUGUUGAUGAAGGUCAAGCCGAUGGUUUUCACUCAUUCAAUCGGAAUUAUGCUCAACCUGGUGUACAUCACUGUAUAUGUCGCCUUCACGAAGGAUAAGAGGGAUGUAAAAAAGAGCCUUUGGCGACUGGUGGCUUUCCUUGCACCUCUAGUAGCCUACGCUCACUAUGAAGACAAAGCUUUGGUUGAAUACAGGUUCGGAAAUAUCACAACAACGUUGACAAUUUUGUUGAUGUUUUAUCAUCUGUAUCACCUUAAACACGUGUUCAAAACUAAGGACACCAAGGAUCUGCCCUUUCCAAUCCUUGUGGCAGCAGCGCUGGUGACAUUUUUGUGGACACUUUACGGAACAGCCAUCAACAAACCGUUUAUUCAGAUUCAGACAGGUUUUGGGUUUCUCGUGUGUUUGUUUGAACUGAGUCUGUUUUUGGUGUUUCCUAGCAAACCUGAGCAGAAGAAAACUAACUGAUACACUUAAGCCAUUUGUGUUUUAUAAAAAUGUAUGUAAAUAUUUUUAGUAUAAGUAAUUUUUUGUUGACUAAUACAUAUUUAAAGUUAUAAAUCAGUUUUGGCUAUUUUAGUUUUUCAACUUUUCUAUUUAAUUAAUCAUUCAUCAUCAGGUUAAUUAUUUACCGACAAUAGUUUUACAAACUCACUGAAAAACAGAACAACUUUGACAAAAUAUUAUAAAUUUGAUUUUAAGCUGCAAAGUUUGAAUUAGAGCUUGGAAAAAAAUUAAGUAGAAUUAAAUAUGUAUGUUUUGACACCUAUUGUUGUGUAAUAAACGUUUCAAAAUCACUUACCAACAGUACACUUUCUCAAGUUUGGAAUUACAAAACUAUAUCUGGAGACUAUCUGUUUUAUCAUUUUUGUGAUAAAAAUUACUACAAACUAUUUCUCAAAAAUUAAAAGCUUAAACAAGCCCAGUAAAGAGACAAUAAAGUGAUGAAAUAAUGAAAGAGUUGAUAAGUGUGAAAAUGAAUCUAAUAGACAUGUUGUAUAAAAAUAUAUAUUUAUUAGACAGUAAUAUUAUAAGCCUAAAUUGUAUAACAAGGCUAUUGUAUAACGAUUUUGAAAUCUUAAAUUCAAUCACAAAAGGAAAGAAACAAUCCAAAACAACUAUCCAAAUAGUACUUAGAUGAUAUUUGUAUUUAGGGUAAUCUACUAAGAUGAGUUAACACAUUCACAACAAUCCAAGACAGUUACAAAUAUUCAAAAAUAGAUUCUAUUGUAAAACCACGCUUGAGAACAAAAAAUAGUUAUCUACGUAUGAUUUGUAAAUAAACUAAAUCUAUCGAA